GUGGAGAUAAAGCAGCGACCCCUUGUUUGCCAUCCACCAAAGAACAUCAAGAGACCGAGGUUAGUUUGGGAUAGUUGCAGUUCACCCUAGUGUAAACAUGGGAGUGCGAACUCAGGCACUUGUCUCUGCAAAAUGGCUUGUAAACCUGGUCAAUCGCAAUGUUGUCGGUCCCCGUCUGCGGGUCCUGGACACGUCCUGGUACCUACCGAUGAUGAAAAGAGACGGCAAGAAGGAAUUUACACAAUCUCAUAUCCCAGGAGCGUCUUUUUUCGACAUUGACGAGUGCUCUGACAGGACCUCGCAGUUCGACCAUAUGCUGCCUACCGAGGAGUUUUUUGCCGACUAUGUUGGGAAUCUGGGCAUUGAAAAUGACAGUCAUGUGGUUGUUUACGACGCCAGUGACUUAGGGGCAUUCUCGUGCACAAGGGUUUGGUGGAUGUUCCGAUUGUUUGGUCAUCCGCAGGUGUCGGUGCUGGACGGGGGUUUUAGGAACUGGGUCAGAGAGGGUCAUCCAGUCACAGGCGCGCACACCAAGCCUGAACCAACGCACUUCACCGCAACUAUGAACCGCUCCUGGGUGAAGUCAUUUGGGGACAUUACAGAUAACAUUACAACACAGCAGUUCCAGGUGGUUGAUGUGAGACCCUAUGCACGGUUCCAUGGGAAAGAACCAGAACCAAGAGAGGGUGUCCAGCCGGGUCAUAUCCCUGGCUCCAAAUGCAUGCCUUUCUACAUGUUCCUAGAUGAUGACGGCAUGAUGCUUUCCACAGAGGAGCUUCAGAAGUUCUUCAAGAAGUCACAAGUGGAUCUAAAUAAGCCCAUCUGUGGCUCCUGUGGCUCUGGUGUGACUGCCUGUCACAUGGUGCUGGCUGCCCAUCUGUGCGGCGCCCCUGAGGCGUCUGUGUAUGAUGGAUCCUGGUAUGAGUGGUUCACUAAGGCUCCUCCAGAGCAUGUCGUCUCUUCGGUCAAAAGCAAGCUUUGAGGAGGUAGAUGAUCUGACAAAACUUCAUUUACAAAUCAGCAUUAAAAAAAAACACUUUGCGAUUGAUUAAUUGUAUUUUAUUCCUAAUCAGGGAUAUUUUAAACUCAGAGAUAUACACUUUAAAUCUAUGCUGUGUAAACAGAAAUGUCUGUGGAAGCUUGAUAGAGGAUGUCAGUGUGUAUUAAAGACAUAGGCAGUAUUUGAAUGUGAAAACUGAUUCAACAAAUUCUCAGCAUGUAAGAUGGUGCUAAUAUUUUUAAUUUUUUGUAAGCAAAGUGCCUCCUUAAUUGUUGUCUCAGUGCCUCUUUAGAAGCCUCUUUCCCCUAUUAUUUUAAUAGAGAUAUAAUUUUAUGCGAACUGCUUUUAUUUUGAGCAGUUCUGCAGCUCCUGAGAUUAUAACUGAAUCUUGUAUCUUUUGCACAGUCUUCUUUACUUGAACCUUUGCUUUCUGUGGGCAUUUAAGGGAACGUGUUCACAUGGCGCAGCCUGCUGGUGCUUUAGUGGAUGUGUCCUUUUAACCAUAUGUGCCUUGGAAGAGUUUGUAAGUCCAGUUUUUCAAAUCCAGUACAUUGCCUUAGUUGCUGAAUAAAUGUUUCCCAAUGAGUUUUGAUAUGUGAUUUAAACUUUUUAAAUCUUCACAAUGUUUUGUUAUUAAAAGCACUGAAUAGAU